UUUCUCUAGUGGCUACCAUGAAGAACUGGUUCUGUUUAUGUUUGCAAAUUUGUAAUUUGAAUCUGUCCUAAUGAAACUGAGCAUUUCUUGAAAUUUACCUUUGUUAUAUAGCCUUUCCUUUGCAACUUUAUUGUUUUGACUAAUUUGAAAAAUUAGUAAUUUGUUACGUUAGCCACAUUGCUUGAAAAUUUCUGAAUGUGAUAGGAUGUUCGGAGUAUAUGUUAGGAGGAAGAAAUGUAAGUGAAACGUUAGUUAACGGUAGUUGGCCUAACUGUUAAGACAGUUAGGAUGGGCGAGACUCAUAUCUGUAUAAAUAGCUGUUAGUAAUANGGGAAGACACUUUUGGCCAUUUGUGUAUUCUGAACAGACUNUUUAGUCUUGUUNGGGGAGGUUAGGCUCCCAGGCUACCCUAUUCAUUGUAUUCUUUUCACUAAAUAAUACNAGUGGAGGUUAUACAGAGAGUUGGGCGUUGAUUCUUGUGUGUUAGAGUGACUUUCUUGAGGUUUCUUGAUUAGAAACCUAUCAAUUUGGUCCGACUUGCUGGAUCCAAAUCGGGAAGUGACUCGACGUGAUUGAGGCGAGAAUGGAGAACGCGAUUGAGACGAGGUUCGAGGCAAUUGAAAUUACGAUAGAAGGCAUGGAAGCGGAAUUGGUGGCUGUCAGGAGGGAUUUACAGAAGAUCAUGAAAGCACUGGGAACGCAUGUCGAUCGAACGGAGGGAAUUCUGAUGAUAGCUCGGUGAACGAUAACCAACACAGAGAUGGGGAAGAAAAUGGAGGUCGAGGCGGAGGCGGAAAGAGCGAUGAACAAAGACCUUGGAGAAAAAGGAUCGAAUUACCUACCUUCGAUGGAGAGGAGCCUCUUAGUUGGCUCAANAGGGCAGAGAGAUUUUUUGAUAUUCAGAAGGUGACGAGCGACGAGGACAAAGUGGAAAUCGCAUAUGUUAGUAUGGAUGGAAGCGCGGCGUAUUGGUUUACAUUCUGGAAAGAGAAGGCUCGAAACAAAUCUUGGGAAGGGUUGAAGGCAGCCAUGUUGAAUCGUUUUGGCGGAGGCUGUAGAGGGACGGUUUUCGAACGAUUGGCUACGUUGAGACAGGAGGGAUCGGUGGAGGAAUUCGUCCGCAAUUUUGAGGUUUUGACAGGGCAUAUGAGGGGUAUACUCGAGGAGCAAGUAUUCGGUUAUUUCAUCGCAGGAUUGCGGGAGGACGUGAAGGGGCAGGUGAGAAUCCAGAAACCGGCGGAUCUGAUGGAAGCGAUGCGUGUCGCUCGAGAUGUGGAGGACGCGAUGGUGAGAGCUCAAGGGAGUUUCGUGAGUGGGUUCCAGAUGAACCCAUUUGGUUCGCGAUCGUCGGGAAUGGUGACGCGAUCAGAACCCCAACGAACUAUGGUGCACCAGUCGGGAAGAGUCGAGAGUGUAGGUUCGACCCUUAGAGACGGAGCGAUGCCAAAUGCGAAUACGAGGGGGAGUAACGCUGCAGGAAGCGAUAACAGAGAGCGAAUGGUGAGGAAUGUUCCUUACCCUGAAUUUCUUAAGAGAGAAGAGGAGGGUCGUUGUUUCCGAUGCGGAGGCUCGUUCGCUCCUGGCCAUCGGUGUCUUGAGAGAAGCUUGCGCGUGUUGUUUCUGGUGAAGGAUGAGGAAGAAGUUGGGAGUAAGGAAAUGGGGGAAGCUGACGUGAAAUCCAUGGAGAUGAUUGCAUGGUCGACGGAGGGGAUGACCCCACCCAAAACGAUGAAGUUGAUGGGAUGGAUAGGAGGAAGAAGUGUGGUGGUGCUCAUUGACAGUGGCGCCAACCACAAUUUUAUCAACAGGGAGCUGGUCGAGGAGUUAAAGUUAAGCGUGAUGGAAGCAUCGCCAUAUCAAGUGAGCUUGGGGGAUGGACAGAAGAAGAUGACUCGGGAGCGUUGUGAUCAUGUCCUACUGAGUUUGGGAGAAGUUACCAUGGAGGAAGACUUCUACUUAUUUGACUUGGAAGGGGUUGACAUUAUUUUGGGCAUAGCAUGGUUGGCUAAGUUAGGAGACAUGGUUAUUAACUGGAGGGCAAUGACCAUGAGUUAUAACCUAGCGGGCAAAAUGGUAAAAGUGGGAGGAGAUCCUGUACUGUCCAGAAAAUUGAUGGAGCCAAAAGCCCUCCUUAAACUGGCAGAGACUGAAAUGCGGACAUUGGUUUGGGAAUUGAGUAAAGUGGAGAAUGAGGUGGAUUGUGCAUGGCAUGGGGUGCUGACAGAUGCGCAGGAAGCAGAACUUAGUGCGGUUCUCUCAAGGGUGUUUCGGGAAAUAACAAGGUUGCCUCCACUCCGAGAUAAAGAACAUCACAUCCCACUCAAGAAUGGGAUUAACCCCAUUAAUGUCUUAGAGAUUUGGAAAUUGGGUUUGGUCGAGAGGAAAAAAAGGGUGGCCAGAAGAGAUUUGGAGAGUGGCGGUGGGAGAACCAAGAACAACAAAGCAGAGGAAAACUACACUGCGCAUGAGUCUUCUAAUCUUUACGAAGCUGAUUCACGUUGGACAUCAUGGCUGGUUCCUAUGUUCGUGGUUGCUAAUAUUGUUGUUUUUGUUAUUUCCAUGUACAUCAACAAUUGUUUCGAGAAUAACCCCGGUUCCCAAGGUAGUUGCAUGGCCAAGUUCCGAGGAAGGUUCUCCUUCGAACCUAAGCAGGGGAAUCUGUUGCUCGGUUCUUCUUCUUCAACAUUGACAGCCCUUCGGUGUGAUAAUGUUGUUAGCGGGCAACAAGGAUGGAGACUUGUCAUUUGCAAUGGGUUACACGCUGGGAUCAUUCAUUUCAUUGUUGGCAUGUUGAGUCUGUUAGUCAUGGGGAUUCGUCUGGAACAGCAAGUCGGGGUGUGAGGAUUGGAGUUAUUUUCCAGGUGGCUAUCCAUGAUUAAUAUCAACCUUGAGGACAAGGUUGUUUGGCAGGGGGAGUAAUGAGAGGAUGUUCAGAGUAUAUGUUAGGAGGAAGAAAUGUAAGUGAAACGUUAGUUAACGGUAGUUGGCCUAACUGUUAAGACAGUUAGGAUGGGCGGGACUCAUAUCUGUAUAAAUAGCUGUUAGUAAUAGGGGAAGACACUUUUGGCCAUUUGUGUAUUCUGAACAGACUGUUUAGUCUUGUUGGGGGAGGUUAG